UUUGCUUCCAGUUGCUAGAGAAAAGGGACAUGUUAGAGGCAGGAAGGGCCGCGGAACCGCACGUCUAGACAGGGUAACGGACACCCUUUCAGAGAUGGGCAACACCGCCCAAAGGGGAAGGAGACGAAUGUGAGCAGUGUAGCUACAACCUGGGCUCGGUGUGGUAUUCCUGGACGCUCAUAUGCAAGAGUUAUUUAAUGUUUAAAAUGUGGGAGAUGGUGGCGUUACCGAGAGCGAGCUCUCCCUUCCUGUCGUCUAGGACAAGAUGGCAGCAAUGCAGGCGAACUGUGCAUGGUAUGGAUUUAUAAGUCCAUAACAUGUUCAGAGAAGCCCUGGAAUAUACUUAUAGUGACUCUAUGUGAAGGUAUGGCCUCACAAGUCUUGGUCUACCCACCACACAUUUAUCAAACCCAGACAAGUGCCUUUAGCAGUGUGAAGAAACUAAAAGUUGAGCCCAGCAGCUGUGUGUACCAUGAGAGGGCACACCCGCGGACUUAUCUGAACAGCAGAACCCUUGGCAUUGUGCACCCAACAAAACAAGCCCACUCGUUUGUGAACCGAGACUUGGCAGUGGGCCUGAAAGUACGUGGAGGACAAGAGUACCCAGUGCAGACAGUGGUGGUGCGUGGCGUACAGAGACAACAGCCCGGUAAAAGAGGAGGAGGACCAGGCCCACUUGUGGCCCAGCAGCGACAGGAGGCAGGGGUUGUCCACUCACAGGGCAAGGGGCAGCAGCAGCAGACAGACAUAGCAAGUGGGAGCAGCAGUGGAGCAACAGGGGCAGGAGGAGGGGGAAGGGGAGAGGGCUGCAGUGGAGGAGGUGAGGGAGGCAGAGAGGAGGAGGGCGACAGAGAAGAGAAGUGUGGAGGUUUGAACUCAGCUGACAGCUCUCAGCGAUGUGGGCUGAAACGUAAAAGUGAGGAGCUGGAUAACCGAGGGAGCACCAUGCAGAUUGUGGAGGAACUGUCAAUGUUGCCUGCCAUGUUGCAAACGAAUGUGGGGAACACAGCUGUAACAGCGCCUGCGGCUGUAGGGGCCGGAGGAGGCCCCUCUAAACAGGGUGUGGGGCAUGGGGGUGUGGGUGCAGCAGGAGGGACGGGAGGAGGGGAUGGGGACUAUCAGGUAGUACAACAUGAAGUCCUGUGUUCCAUGAAGAAUACUUAUGAAGUGCUGGAUUUCUUGGGACGUGGCACAUUUGGCCAGGUAGUAAAGUGCUGGAAGAGGGGCACAGGUGAGGUAGUGGCUGUGAAGAUCCUGAAGAACCACCCUUCAUAUGCACGGCAGGGUCAAAUUGAAGUCGGUAUCCUUGCUCGUCUGAGUGGGGAGAAUGCAGAUGAGCACAACCUGGUGCGAGCCUUUGAAUGCUUCCAGCACCGCAGCCACACCUGCCUGGUAUUUGAGAUGCUUGAGCAGAACCUGUACGAUUUCCUGAAGCAGAAUAAGUUCAGCCCGCUGCCCCUGAAAGUGAUCAGACCUGUGCUGCAGCAGGUAGCUACUGCUCUGAAAAAGCUGAAGAGCAUGGGUCUGAUUCAUGCAGACCUCAAGCCAGAGAACAUAAUGCUGGUGGAUCCAGUGAGGCAACCCUACAGGGUGAAGGUGAUAGACUUUGGCUCAGCCAGUCACGUGUCCAAAGCAGUGUGUUCCACGUACCUCCAGUCUCGGUACUAUAGGGCUCCAGAGAUUAUUUUGGGAUUGCCGUUUUGUGAAGCCAUAGACAUGUGGUCCUUAGGCUGCGUUAUAGCUGAACUUUUUCUGGGCUGGCCUCUUUACCCUGGGGCCUUGGAGUAUGACCAGAUUCGCUACAUUUCUCAGACACAAGGUUUGCCGGGAGAACAUUUAUUGAAUGCGGGGACAAAGACAGCACGGUUCUUUUGCAAAGAGUCCGACUCACCUUAUGCAGCGUGGAGACUAAAGUCAACAGAUGAGCACGAGACGGAGACGGGAAUGAAAUCAAAGGAAGCGAGGAAGUACAUCUUCAGCUGUUUGGAUGACAUAGCGCACGUGAACCUGAUGAUGAAUUUGGAAGGUAGUGACUUGCUAGCGGAGAAGACAGACCGCCGGGAGUUUGUUGGCCUGUUGAAGAAGAUGCUGUUGAUUGAUGCAGAAGAGAGAAUUGCCCCUGCCGACGCUCUCAGCCACCCCUUUGUGACGAUGCAACAUCUGCUCGACUUUCCCCACAGCAACCAUGUGAAGUCAUGUUUCCACAUCAUGGAUGUUUGCUGGACUCGUCCCAGUGCAUAUGAGGCUGCCAACCGAAAUAAAGGUCCUUUCGUCAGACCAGUUAGUACAACCGCUGCUGCCUCAGCCAACCACCCUUUCAGCAAAAUCACUGCUGUCCAUGCUCCAGGCUUAGCUCCUUCAGCGCCCUCAGUGAUGCACCCUGGGAUACCACUGCAGACAGGAAGUGGUCAGUUUGGAUGCAGUGAGUCUUUUCAGCAGGCCCUUAUUCUAUGUCCCCCAACCAUUCAAGGUAUCCCUGCCAACACCGCUAAACCAGCAGGCUAUUCAGUCCGAAUGGAGGCUUCUGUGCCUCUGGUCACUCAAGCACCCUCAAUCCAGCCCAUACAAAUCAGGCCUGGAGUGAUCACACAGGCCUGGUCGAGCCGUGCACAGCAGAUUUUGGUCCCCACUUGGCAGCAGGUGACAUCAGUGCCCCCUCCACCAACUACUUUGGCGUCUGACACUGUGGCGGGCUCACAGAGAUUGGGUGACUGGGGGAAAGUGCGUCCCCAUGGUAACCAUUACAGCUCCAUGAUUGCACACCCUCAGCCAUUCUUAACCAACCAAAUGACCAUGUCCACCCACCAGCCAAUCAACAUAGGCAUUGCACAUGUGGUGUGGCCACAGCCAGCUGCCAGCAAGAGACCCAAGCCUAGUGUGAACAGGGGCAGCAACAUUUUCCAAAAUACAAACAUCCAAAAUUUAGCAUGUCAGUCCCCAAAGAUGGCCGAUACAGCAAAGAAUGUGGACGAGGUAGAGGAGGAGGAAGCCAGAUGUCCGGAGGAAGGGCACACUGUUAGAGAGGAGCAAAGAACAGAGCAGGUGGAGGAGGAUGAUGAGGAGAACUGCUGUAAAGUGGAGCCAGACUGCGAGGAGCUUUCAGUGUCGCAGGAGCAGCGGCAGGCCAUGGUGAUCUCUGACCUAGCUAGCCCGACUGUCAGUGUCAUCAGUAUCAGCAGUGAUGAGGAGGAGAGUGCACAAAGACACUCGAUGGGGGAGUGUAAGGGCAGCGCAGAUUGUGAGGCGUGUCAGAGCACCGUCAGUAUGGAGAGGGUGUGUUCUCUUAGCAGUCCAGACAGUACGCUCAGCACCAGCUCUUCAGCCUCAGCCCAGUCCAGCACCUCACCCUGCAAACACCCAAACAGCAUGUCAGAUGACGAACAGGAGAGUGGAUGUGACACAGUGGACAGCUCGCCUGCCUCGCACACCUCUGGCCACAGCAACAGUCCCUUCGCAGAGCGGCGCUACAUCGCUGACAGCAACCAGAACUGUGAGCCCCGUGUUGCGUGCGUUGCCCCAGAGACUGAGCCCAGCAAGCCAACAGUUCGCACUGUUGUGGUGCCUCCAAUGCGGGUGCAGAACAACAACAACCCUGCUGUCAGUGAAACACCUGGCAACACAGAGUCUUCAUGCCAGUCCAAAGGGCGAGGCAUUCCUGGGCGACAGCAUCACCUCUCCACUCCCCUCCUCAACAGGCCGCAGAAAAUCACCCCUGCAUUCCAGCCUCAGCAACAGCAGCCUAUUGGCUUUGGGCAGGUGCAACAUUUCAGUUCCUGCCAUCAGGAAUGGAACGGAAACUUUGCCCACCGGAGACCACAGGCCUAUAUCCCUCCCACCAUGCAUGGGCACACAUUCACACUCUCCCACAGCAGCCCAAACCACACUACGGGCCCCCACCCCCACCUUGGUGGGCACCCGCACUCCCAGCCCACCUUACUGUCUUACCCAGCGUCUGGUCCUCUGGUCACAGCUGCGCCUGUGGCCCACCUCCUGGCCUCCCCUGGGGCCUCCCGCCCUGUCCUCCAGCCCACCUACAGCAUCUCCCACCCAGCAGGCAUCGUGCAUCAAGUGGCAGUAGGCAUCAACCCUCGGCUGCUGCCCUCCCCCACCCUGCACCCCCAAGGCCAAUUCAAGCCCCUGUUUCCUCCGCACUCCUACAUUGCCUCACCCGCCUACGGCAGUUUCCCUCUCAGCCCUACCAAAAUAAACCAGUACCCUUACAUCUGAGCAUGACUGCUCAGGUACCCUUCAUACCACCUGAGGGCUAAGUGAGCAGGGCAAAAUCUAUCUUAAACCACAACAACAUGGCUUUCAUUUCCGAAAACCAUGGCACAACCACAGAGAAAGCAAGCUAUUUUUUGAAUCAUGUAGACUUGGGUGUAAUUGAACUUCAAGCUUUAAAAAAAGAGAAAAAAUGAGUUCCAAUGGUGGAGAUGAUUUGGCAAAAAUUAAGAAGGAAAUAAUGUAUGAAUGAUUGAAUGAAAGAAUGAAUGAGUAGUUAAACUCACACUUAAUGUGUUUUGCACAUUUGAUAUAUCUUUGCAUUGGAUCUUCUACGAAUACUCCUCAAGACAGGUAAAUAAUUGGGGUGUUGUUGAAUAGUUAGACUUUGCACCCCUGAUCCCAGCUAUUUUUCUAUAUUGCCUUCUUACGUGUGCAAGACACAUCCAUAUUUGUAAAGCCAUCCCAGUCUCUAGCUCUAGAUUGACAGAUGCACAUGUUGUCCACAGUGUACGUUGUACUGCGUUUGAAGUAUUUGUACCUUUUCGGUGUCUUUUGGUGUUAGCAAUGUCAAGUCAAUUAACCGAUUUAAAUAGGGUUGUUCCUCACGCUGCAUGUGGUCUUGCAUGAGCAAAAAUGUAAACGGAAAGAUGCAUAGACGUUGCUCUUAUUGUUUGUGUCACAAGACUCGCUGCAUUGUAUAACUGUCCCCAGCCAUAGUGCCUUACAUAUUUGAGGUUGUUAAUGUUACUACUUAUAUAUGACUAUAUACAUGAAUAUUAAUGUACUGGACUGCAGCACUUGAAAUUCCAAUCAGUCGAUGCAUCCUAUGUGUGAGUAUAUAUAUGCACAUGUGUAUAUGUCCAUGCAUAGCCUGCAUGGAUGUGAUGUAUCGCGGAUAGCGGUGCUUAUUUUUUGGAGUCGGUGUAUAUUUCAGUGUGUAGUGAGUUACUUUUCUGUUCUUUCAAGAAGAACAGCAUGCUUUGCUGUUGCGAAUGCCUGCUGUUUCAUUAAAACGUUUUUUUUUUUUUCAUUCUCCGGUUCCCGAAUGAACUAGUGUACAAAGUGCAAGUACUGAGUAUUGCUUAAUAUUUGAUAAUCACUUUCUAUUUAGUGAAACUCUUACUACUAACAGUAUUUGUACUGUUUGAAACUGCAAUACAAUCUAAAUAGUCGUUGAUUAUUUUUUCUUUUUUGUCUUCGUAUUUUCAUUUUGAGUGUUUUCACUUUGUUUUUUAGAUGUUUAGAAGUGUGGUGGGCAUGGCUUUGAUUAGGUAAGGAAAAAAUGCAAAUUAAUUCACGGUAUGGAAUCUUCUAAGCCUGAGCAAACCAUGCAGUAUUUGAUAUACAUACAUAUAUGGACAUAUAUUAUAGAGCUAGACUAUUUAGUACAGAUGCUUGAUAAGGUGUGAGUUAAUUGUGUGCAAUUCUCUCAUUUAUGCAUGUGUGACAAAGUUAACUUUUUCCCUUUACAUUAUACCAUUUGUUAAAGGCUUAAGGCUUAUCGGUGUCAACUGCUUAUUUUAUACAUUCCGUCAGGGAGGAUAUAUACAUAUAUAUGAUGGUAGCACCAGUCUAUAUAUAUGUAGAUAUGCUGUGUGUGCAUUUUUUCUGUUCAUUUUACUAGUUUCGUGUGUAACGUUUUGUCUUUUAUUUUCAAAUGAAGUUGCUUGUGCAGCACCAAAGACUGUAAUUCAUUUCUUGAGCAAGGUAGCUAUUCUGUUUGCAUAGACCUCAGUUAUACUGUAGUUGUAGAAUGGGGUUAAAUUAAAACAAACAAAAAAGUCGUACUUAAAAAAAAAACAACAAAAAACAGCCGAGGUUUUGUCUAGCUUAUUGGGCAAUUAAUAAGUCGUAUCAUUUCUUUCUUGAAUGUAUCAUAGAUAAGCUGCUAUAUGAUGAUUGCCACUUCAAUAGCUGUGAAAUUAGGUGAUUUCUCUCUGAGUUUAAACCUAGCGUUGCUAUUUUUGUAUAGGUCCCUAAUUAUCUGAAAUAGAAGUGGUUUUGAUUUUUGUGUUUUGCGUUCAUAUUUGGAGUGUCAUUGUAACUACUGUAUUGCUGAUGAUGAACAUUAGUUGCAUUUGUUGUUUCUCGGGGUGCGUGUUUUUUGCAUCAGUAUUUUAUCCUUAUUAACCUUUUGGGCUCGUCACUGCAUAUAAAUGAUGUAUCGAUGUAACUUAAUUUUUGUAUGUUUUCAUAUUGACGUUUUGUACACAUCUAAAAGCUGUAGCUUGCAGGAUUGAUUUAACUUUUUCAUUGUACGUAUAUGGUAUACUACCAGUACUCUUAUGAGUUACAGGAGCACUGUGAGAUGCCAGGAGAAAAGGAAAACCAUUGUGUCUAUUGGAAAGCUUCUGUAAUGUUUCCACCAGUCACACACAAACGCACUUGCCACUAAGCACUCAUACAGGUAGUGAGGCUUGUUAGGGUUUGGGUGAUUAGACUGUACAAAACAAAUUGAACCCAAUGUUUCCGUUCCAAAACAAUGUUUUACGACUUAUUUUACUGUUUAAUUGAUUUGAACGAAUAUUUAUUGCAACCUUUUUAUCUGUUCAAUGUUAUAUCUGGCUAGAAUAUCAGUUUCACAGGUCGAUAUUCUAAACUGCCUUGUGUUCAGAUCGCUCUCCCCUUUAUGAGUGUCUCAUAUCAAAGCGACGUUUUGUUAGUGCAAGACAGUGGCCAUUGUUAUGUGUCCUUUAUUGAAAUUGAGACAGUGCGAGCAGCACUGUGUAUGUGCCUUGAGAUACAGAAAGUGAGAAUUUGGAUGGUGAUUCCUCACCGCUUUUUAGGAGGGAGGCAGAAUCCAGUAACAGUCCGUUACCAUGUAGAGUAGACAGUCAUUUAACGGCCACUUGACCAAGAUGAUGAAAAAAACAACAAAAAACUCAAAGUAAGACUUCAUUACAGUGUCAUUCCAGGGUAUUUGACUCCUGAUCAGCUUGUAGGCACAUAGUACAACUUGACGGUGGUUCUCCCCUUGAUACAGAUAGCAGUCACCAAAGCCUCCCUGAGAUAACACACCAAUAAAACACAGACACACACUUUGAAUGAUACGACACUCAACGAUCUUUGGAUAGUCACUCUGGCUGAACAGCAGAUGCAAUACUUUACAUUGUGCGGUCAUUGCACCACCAAGUGUUCUUAGAUAAUCUCCAUGCUUUACAUUACCGUGCAUGUACACCUACGUCGCUUCACUUUGUCUGCCUAGAAGCUCUUUGCUCAGAGCAGCUUCUCUAUCAUGCAAGUUAAGGCUGAGUGGGAGUAACCAGAGCACAGUUGAUAACGCUGGCCUUUUAAAAUCAGAGGAGCCAUGUUUUAUAUCCAGGAAUCGUCAGUCUGGAUGUUUAUUCUGUGUUCUGGGUGGAAACUGGUCUGUUGAGGAGAUUAUUGUCAUUUCUCUGUCAGUCACGAGUGCAAUGCUCCACAUUGAAACACUGACACUGAUAUGGUUGUAUGUUUUUAAAAGCUUUUUUGUUUUCUUACCUGUAUGCUUUACCGAUAGUAUUCAAAUACUCAAAACUUUGGGAAAGAAAGGUUAUGACGACACGGCAUGAACUUGGCAGAUUAGUGCUUGAAAUAGUUCCCCAAUAAUAAGCAUGUGAAAUGUAAUCUGUGUUUUGAUUCCUUCAAAGGUAUUCACCAGCAAUGCGCCUGCAUAAACUCUCCCAUACUUGUUAAGGAAAAGAAUGGAUGCAAGAGGAGAGAAAUCUUAACUGUUUUUAAUUUUCCACAUGAUUGACACUUUGGUUUAUGGGUAACUUUUUGUUUGAGGAUUCAUGUAACAUUUAACAGAUAAAACAGUCAUUUGUAAAAUUACUACAAUUAAAAUGAUGACUUUGAUAUCAGAAAAAAUCCUCUGCUGCGGUAUUAUCCUUUAGAGAUCUUAAUUCAGGGUCUGUAUUGGUCUAAAUGUGCUACUGUGUAACUAUGAUUUGAUUUGAAGAGAUUUGUUUUACUGAAGCGCUUAUUUUUUAGUUUUCUGGUCAUCUGUAUCAAUUUCAGAGUUAAUUCACACUGCAAGUUAUGGAAUCAUCUGUUUAGAUUGCUCAUCAAUUAGACUUGAUUAUGAAAUCUGAACUGUUACUGUUUUAAUACCUGUAGAUUUUUUUGUGGCUUUGUUUUUGUUCCGUUUUGUUUCAUUUGCUUUUUUAAUUUUGUGCUACACUAGUUUGCCAUGUAGCAAUUGCACUGUGCAAUAUUUACAGUAUGAGGACUGGGAAAACUAACUCUAUGGAUGUGAUGUCUCUUUACAGUUUGCGAUAGUGUUUCCUCUCUAGUUCUCAGUGAUUUAGGUGUGACCAAGCCUUCUCUACUUUGUCACAUUAAGCGGGUUUUCCAGGUGACUCUUUUGGUGAGUGUCAAAAUAAGACUUUAUGGUGUAUUAUUGUUAAGAUUCACUUUGAAUUAAAAAAAAAUCUAUUGAUGCA